AGAGUGCAGAUGAGCCCCAAUGAUCAGAAGCCGGGUCUUCUUUCAAACACACACACUCAUACGCACACUUCGCUCUACAUCCCUCACACACAAAUGCCAGCACACUCACACAAACGCGAUCCAGUAACCACAGCUCCAUCAGUCCAUCCCGCUCGCCGCUGCUAGUGGCUGCCUUCGCCGACGCGCAGAGCUGUGGCAGGAGCUCCUGCUGGCUCUGUAGCACAAAGCAGAGGUGAAGGGGAAUCGGGGGACUCCAUUUGGGAGGCGAAAGAUAAUUCCGCGGCAUUGCUGGGAGGAGCAGAGAACGGUGAGGGAAGGUGAGUGAAUGCACUUCGGUCCAGCUGCUGCUGCUGCUGCUGCGGGAAGAGGAGGAGGAAGAAGAAGCCCAGCAUCUGGAGAAGCUGGAGGACCAACACUGUAACAUCAUCCUGCACAGACUCGGAGGAGACGGCCAGCGGAGACCAGGGUACCUCCAGGCUCAGAUGUGGAGGGAGAGCCGGUCAACUUGUACUCCUGGGUGUCUGGCCCAGUGAUUCGAGCCCAGACAGGAAACGAAGGAAGAGGAAGAAAGGAUGGCCACGAGGGCGAGCCUAGGUCAGGAUGUAGGCUGGCUGCUGCCUUUCCUUUUCUUGUUACUAAUGAUCACAGUGUCACCUGCCCAAAGCCAAGGAUGUCCCCAGCGCUGUGAGUGCAUUGCUAAGCUCAAGACUGUGUCUUGUUAUGGUAAACGCUUGUCUGCACUGCCCGAUGGAAUCCCACUGGACACCAAGAUCCUGGACUUGAGUGGGAAUAAACUGCGUUGGGUAGAACACGGAGACCUGCUUCCGUAUUCACGUCUCGAAAAGCUAGACCUGAGUGAGAACAUGAUCAGUGUCCUGGAACCAAAUGCUUUUUCUAGCCUUCAGAACCUUAAGUCGCUUUCACUGAGGGGUAACCAACUGAAGCUGGUCCCUAUGGGAGCUUUCUCACGUCUCUCCAACCUAACUUCAUUGGACCUUAGUGGGAAUAAGAUUGUAAUUCUUUUGGACUUUACUUUCCAAGACUUGAGAAGUUUAAAGAACUUGGAGGUCGGCGACAAUGAUUUAGUUUAUAUCUCUAACAAGGCCUUUCUGGGUUUGGUGGGACUGAAGGAGCUGACAAUUGAGAGGUGUAACCUGACUUCGGUGUCCAGUCAGUCUUUGUCUUAUCUGCAUAACCUGGUGACUCUGCGGCUCCGCUACCUCAGUAUCUCUGCCUUAGAGGACCAAAACUUCCGGAAGCUGGGAAACCUGAGGGGCCUGGAGAUCGAUCACUGGCCCUUUUUGGAGUACAUCUCUCCUCACAGCCUGCAGGGUCUCAACUUGUCCUGGCUGUCUAUCACGCACACCAACAUCACCUCUGUGCCCACCUCUGCCCUGCGUAGUUUGGCUCACCUCACCAGCCUCAACCUAUCUUACAACCCCAUCACUGUGUUGGAGUCCUGGGCAUUGCGGGAUCUCGUAAGGCUGAAGGAGCUGCAUCUAGUCAAAACCAACCUGGCAGUAGUGCAGCCCUAUGCGCUCGGUGGUCUAAGGCAAAUCCGCCUUCUUAACCUUUCCUCUAACAGCCUGGUGACCCUGGAGGAGGGAGCCUUUCAGUCUGUCAACACUCUGGAGACGCUGCGUUUGGAUGGAAACCCUCUGGCCUGCGACUGCCGCUUGCUCUGGAUCCUUCAGCGCAGGAAGACCCUGAACUUUGAUGGUGCCUCCCCGGUGUGUAUGACACCUGUUGAAGUGCAAGGACAUGCUCUCAAUGCUUUCUCUGAUUCAGCUCUCUUUGACCACUUUACUUGUCAAAAGCCCAAAAUCCGCAACCGGAAACUGCAGCAGAUAUCUGCCCGCGAGGGACAGGUAGUGUCAUUUAUUUGCAGAGCAGAAGGUGAACCCACACCAGUGAUAUUCUGGAUUUCUCCUCAGCGCCGCCGCAUCACCACAAAGAGUAGCGGCCGCCUUACCGUGUUACCAGAAGGCACGCUAGAAAUCCGCUAUGCCCAGGUCACAGAUAGUGGGACGUACAUUUGCAUAGCCAGCAAUGCCGGUGGAAAUGACACAUAUUUUGCCACACUUACAGUGAGUGGGCUGCCGCUGGAUGCAGCCCUCAUGGCCAACCGCACCUACUAUGCUGGGGAUCUUAAUGACACAAAUCUGAAUGAUACCAGAGUCUUCUUGAAGUUUACUCUGGACCUCAAGACGAUCCUCAUAUCUACAGCCAUGGGCUGUAUCAUGUUUCUGGGGGUAGUCCUUUUCUGUUUCAUUCUGCUGUUUGUGUGGAGUCGAGGGCGAGGGCAGCACAAAAACAACUUCUCUGUAGAAUAUUCUUUUAGAAAAGUGGACGGGCCUGCAGCCAGUGGAGGACAAGGUGGAGCGCGGAAGUUCAACAUGAAAAUGAUCUGAUUUGUUUUAGUGUUCUCUCCUCAGUGCUGAUUAUAAGCACACAUCAAAGUGGACUGCUGUGCUUGAAGAGCAUCAACGGCAAAUCUUUGCGAGACCUUGAUAUAUUUCUAUAGCUCUUUCUCGUGUAUUCACAUUAUUGUGCAGAGAAAAGCUAUAUUAUCAUCGAAUAUGUUUUAAACUCUCGAACAGACUGUUAAAAGACCGAUCGGCAAAGUCCCAUCUACACUAUCUUCAUGCUCCGACCAGCUCAGUUCGAGGAAUUCUCCCCCGUUUAUCUCAAAAAGAAUACACCCUUCUCCUCCGUCUGCUCUGUCUACAAACCGGUGAAUACAUAAUAUUAGGGUGGUGCUCAAUAAAUGCCAAGGACAUGCCAAUAUGUAUUUUAGUAGUUCCAGCUAUAUACUGCAUAUUUAGACUUAUUUACAGUCAUAAGUUGAGUGCAACGAUAUAUUCGCUCUGCUUGAAGACAUUUUGCUGAUGGUGGGUUCGUACAGAAUAUAUUACACUUAAAAUACACUCUGCAACACUGCCAAUUCGACUGGAAAGCACCAAGUAAUAUCACCAUCAGUCCAAAGGGACGGCAAAAAGAAGUUUCACAUCAAUAGUUACGGCUGGAAGUUGUUUAAAAUAACAUUCUACAGAUUUUUAGCUACAGUGGGACCUGGUGCACAGUAAUGUGGUGACAAAUCAGCACAUGCCAAUACACGUUUGCUAGUCAGAUUUCCCAUUGUUGUUCAGUAAAGAACUACAGCUUCCUCCUAAUCUGCAAACAUGUGUAUAAAAUGAAAUGCAUGUACAGAGUCGGCUUCUUACUUUGAAUAACUUGUAUUAUUUGUAAAGGAAACACUCAUAGGGGUGCAUAAGAUGUAUUAUAUAUUUUGUAAUUACUGACCUUGAAGUUCUUGUGGUCGUUUAUAGUACUGUUGAGUGAUUAAUAAGGUUUUAAUGUGCUGUUAUUAAAGUGUUAAAGUCCUAUUCGGAAUGACUCAUAA